GGCUUGGGCAUCGAUUGAGAGACACAUUCUCAUUUUUCAUCAAAAUUGGAUGGGGUCACGAAGAAAACGCAUUCUCUUUCAUUACUUUCCUUUGGCUAUAUGUUCUGCUUAUCCUUUUAUCUAUUAUAUUAUUAUAUAUUUUGUUCUACCUUGUGGAAGUUCACUCAACUAUAAAAAAGCAUAUUGUAGUCUUCAUAGUUGUGCAUUUAAGAUUGCAUCAAUUGGGAUAUGGGAUGCUAUAGGAAACAAUAUUGCCCCCACAUUUAUUAUUGCAAUCUUUAGCAUAGCUCUUCUUGUACGUGUAAUAUAUAUAAAUAUCAAAUUCGUCAACCAGUUCAAUGGAGAAAUUAUAGAAAAAUGGCAGUUCAGUUAUUAUCAAUAUCUGCUGUCUUUAUUUUUUUAAAUGUUCCACCAAUGAUCUUGAAAACCGCUCGUACAGCUGGUCUACCAGCAAAUAUUGUUGCUGAUUAUGAAACUGAUAGUUUCUAUUUUACUUACUUUAUUAUAUUUCUCACUCCUGUUGUCAGUAUUUUCUCAUUGCCUGAACUUCGAACAAAAUUUGAAAAAAUCACUGCAGUUGGCCAUCAAAUAAGGCGUGCUGUUGUCACAGAAACGCUAAUGAUGGGUUUCCUGACAGGUGGUCGAACACGGAAAGUAGCACCAGUAAUUCAAUAA